GAAUUUGUCUUAGGCCUCCAAAUGUAUUGGGCCGUCUCUGAUUUUCUGCUGCAACUUUUUUUUGCAGGAUACAAAAAUAAAUUUAUAAACUAAUCAAUCUAACUUGAUGAAGUACUUUGUAGGUCAGUCAAAAUGGACAAGAGUUGGAUGACAAUAAAAAAUAGAAUGAAGAGUAAAGAGGAUAGAGAAGGGGUGAAGUCCUUUAUUGAAUUUGCGGUGGCAAAUUUAGGCUCAGCAAAUGAUAUUUGGUGUCCUUGUGUCGAGUGCAUGAAUGACAAAAAACAAAGCAUUCAAGUUGUCAAGAUUCAUUUAAUGUUGAAAGGAAUCUCGCCAGUCUGUUAGGGGUGUAUAUUAGGAGAAUGUGUCCAAUUAAGGGCAUACCGACGUGGCGGCAUGUAGACGAGGCUACUCAAUCUGCUAUCAUACAAUCUGUCCUUGACAAGUUCAAAAUCUUGGAUGAUUAUCAUGGCAAUCUAGUAGCUCAGCAAGCUGUCCACAGGAAAUGCUACAAUAUUCACAGAAAUUGGAGGCACAAUAUGAAAUUGCAUUACAAGCAUGUUAAGAACGUCUUACAUGUGGAUCCUUAUAGUCAUCCAUACGAACAUGUGACUCAAGAGGAUUGGCGCCACUUAAUUGAUGAUGUGUGGAAAAGCAAAGAACACAAGGUGAGAUCAAAAGCUGGCAAAAAGAAUAGGAAAAAGCUGGAGUACAAUCAUUGUUCAGGAUCUCGGUCAUUUGUUGCAACAAUGACUAUACAGCCGGAGUUUAAUGGUUCUGAAAAUCUUGAAUUUCCAGAAUUCUAUAAGAAAACUCAUACCAAGAAGAACAAAGAGUAGAUUGAUCCUAUUUGCGCCGUGAAACAUUCAAAGAUGUUGAGCUUGCGAGAAGAAUUUUCCCAAUCCGGUGUGCAAUUAACAUCAGAGGAGAUGUCUAGGCAGGCACUUGGAAAAAGGAAGAGAUAUAUUCUUGGAUUUGGGGAUGGGCCGAAGCCCUCUUCAUCUUCUUCCACACCUAGUCGUGUGUCACAAGACCAUGUUGGGGAGUUACAGAAACUUAAAGCUGAGAUGGAGGAGAUGAAGAUGGAGCGUGAGGAGCUGCGGAGGCAAUUGGAACAGGAGAGGAGAGAGCGUGAGGAGGAAAAGAAAGAGCGAUAGGAAGAACAGAAGCAAAUUGCACAUCUUACAAGUUUGGUGACAGAGUUUUUAAAGGAAAAGACUCAAACGCAUAAGUCGUCUAUCCAUCAUGAUGGGGCCAUGUCAUCAACUGGUGGCACAAAUACUCGUUGGUAUGUAUUCUCAUUUAUAUUACGUAGGUUAUUUAGAGAUUUGGACCAAAUUAAGCGAAAUAUCAUUGUGAACUUAUACUUGAAUUUUAGUUUAUUAUUUUUCACAUGUGGUUAUUGAUUGUGUAUUCUUUUUUGC